AUGUCGCAAUCCGCUGCGGAUGAGCCGGUGGAUCAAUACUUGCCAAUAAAGUUAUCCCUUCCCGCAUAUGUCCCGCUCAAGCCUGCGCUGCGUCGACAAAUUGAAAGCAUUUUCAACAGCAGCGCCAACGAUGACAUCAAACAAGCGUUGAACCAUCAACGCGAAAUAACCAAAAAAUACCUAAAACACAUUCUAUCUCGAGAUGACUUAGACGUCGAUGAAACAACCCUCCACAAUUUUCUCCGCGGCUACAAAUCCUUGUACCGCUCACAUUUGGCCCAGGACACCUUCGCCAACCUCUCGCGGCAUCCCGAGUUGGUUGAUGCCUUGGACGUCUCCAGCCCCGAGCUAUGCCUCGCAAAUCUCGACGAGCACCACGUGGCAAACAAGUCCAAUUUUAUCGACAUCAUAAGGCAAAAUACCAUAAUGCCAGACGACGCAGCAGUGGACCAGGCGUUGCGGAAAGAUGAGUUCUACGUGUUGAUCAAAAACAUCGCUUUUGUGAUUCGAAAUCCCGAAGAGGCCAUCCCCGACGAAGGAGACGACGACUUGAGCAUGGCGGGAGUCAAAGUCAACUUGAAGGACCCCAUGACGAUGAACUUCUUUGUCGUGCCGAAAAUGUCAACGAUUUGCCAUCACACGUAUGAAGAGCUGAGUAUCUUGCAACACUUGGGCACGGGCAAGAGGCAGUGUCCCGUUGUCACGUGCACUUCGCCUUUGGAUCAGACGUCGUUGAAGGAUGACAUGUUGAUGCGCUUUCGGAUCCGCAUCGUCAAGAAGAUGGAAAGAGGUGCUAAUCGAGAUUUGGACUUGGUUGAAUGA